CGAAUCCUGUAUCGUACAUUGACGACGCUAACAGGGUUUUCCUGAAAAGUCUUACAGGGUUUCUUCGAAGUUUCUUCUCGGCCAUUGAUACAUCAUAAUGCGUGAGGUACUGUCAAUCCACAUCGGCCAGGCCGGAGUCCAGAUGGGCAAUGCCUGCUGGGAGCUGUACUGCCUGGAGCACGGCAUCCAGCCUGAUGGUCGGCUGUCUGAUGACAAGACCACGAACUCUUGCUCUAAAGCCUUUAACACCUUCUUUAGCGAGACGAGCGGCGGUCAACACACACCAAGGGCUAUCAUGCUCGAUCUUGAACCCACUGUUGUUGAUGAGGUCCGAACUGGAACCUACCGCCAGCUCUUCCACCCUGAGCAGUUGAUUUCAGGCAAGGAAGAUGCCGCCAACAACUACGCCAGAGGUCACUUCACCGUCGGCAAGUGCAUUGUGGACAAAGUGCUUGACAGGAUACGAAAACUGGCUGAUAACUGCAAUGGGCUUCAGGGCUUCCUCAUCUUCCACAGCUUCGGUGGAGGUACCGGCUCUGGCUUCACCUCCCUUCUGAUGGAGCGUCUCUCUGUCGACUAUGGCAAGAAACCGAAGCUUGAAUUCGCCAUCUACCCCUCACCCAAUCUCGCCUCAGCGGUGGUUGAGCCCUACAAUGGCGUACUGAGCACUCACACCAUCAUAGAACACUCUGACUGUGCCUUCAUGGUCGACAACGAAGCCAUCUAUGACAUCUGUAAGCGAAACAUGGACAUCGACAAGCAGACGUUCACCAACGUCAACCGACUGAUUGCUCAGAUAGUGUCGUCGAUCACGGCAUCACUGAGGUUCGAUGGCUCCCUCAACGUCGACUUGACGGAGUUCCAGACCAACUUGGUGCCCUACCCUCGAAUCCAUUUCCCACUGGUCACCUAUGCUCCAAUUAUUUCUGCUGAGAAGGCCUACCAUGAGCAGCUGAGUGUUGCUGAGAUCACCAAUUCUUGCUUCGAGCCGGCCAACCAGAUGGUGAAGUGCGAUCCCCGUCACGGCAAGUACAUGGCCUGCUGCCUCCUGUACCGUGGUGAUGUCGUCCCCAAGGAUGUCAACGCUGCCAUCGCAACCAUCAAGACCAAGCGUACCAUCCAGUUCGUCGACUGGUGUCCAACUGGCUUCAAGGUGGGCAUCAACUACCAGCCACCUACCGUGGUGCCUGGUGGCGAUCUGGCCAAGGUGCAGCGUGCCGUCUGCAUGCUGAGCAACACCACCGCCAUCGCUGAGGCCUGGGCUCGUCUGGACCACAAGUUUGAUCUGAUGUACGCCAAGCGAGCCUUCGUCCACUGGUACGUAGGAGAGGGUAUGGAGGAGGGAGAGUUCUCUGAGGCUCGUGAGGAUAUGGCUGCCCUGGAGAAGGACUACGAGGAGGUCGGAAUCGAUUCAACAGAUCCUGUUGAAGAAGAAGAGUUCUAAACCUUAUAAACAUUAACUGAUGUAUUUGAUGCAUCUCAGAGAGCGUCUUCAAAGUAGGAACGGUCGGAACAUUCUGAAUUGGUUAAAUAACCCAGCAGGCGUACCUGGACCGAUCCACUGGACUCCGGCUCGUUCCGUCUGAACGUUCACGAUACCAACACGUGGCUCGGAACAAUGACGCGGUCCAGAGGAACAUGUCCGACUUCGGACCUUGCCCCUUUACAGAAUCUCGGAUUUAAACAGCACACUGGUUCGCAGUCGCUCCCUCACAUUUAUUCUUAUUAUUGCUAUCUGCGAGAUCGGGCCAUUCUAAACUGGGCGUUGUUGGCAACCCACCUCCAAGCAGUGACGGUGCAGUGGGUCAUUGAUGUGUGCUACAUAUUGACCUCAUGACAUUAUUUUACUGCGUAAGAUAUUCGCAACUGAAGACUUUUAAAAAGAAAGUGCUUUGGAAAGUCACUAAUUAAAGUGCAAUUAAUUAACAAAUUAAAGCGUAUUUUUGUGUUUUUCUUAAAAAUAAUGGUUAAUAUUUCAUAUUAUUAUCUCGAUUUCGUCAAGCAUAAUUUAAAGUACUUUCUCCUUUGUAUAGUGCGUCAACUUCGUGUUGAAUGUAUAAUUAAUACAACUUGUUUUAUAAUCUUGUUAUAAUAUUAUGUAUAUAUUUUUAUCAUUUUUCUUUCCAUUUUCUUUUCAUUGUUUUCAAUUUGAUGUAACCCUAUUGUAUCCCAACAUAAUGAGGCAAAAAACGUUCAAACAUGCCUAAGAUUUUAUUUAAAGGGAGGGUAUUUGAUACUUACUCCAAUAUAAACCAGUUGCUUGGUAAAAAGCACCGGAGAGCUGUUGAUAUUAUAAAACAUUACUAGAAACGACACCCUUUUAAGUGAUAGUUUUAGUAAAAGAGGUAAAACUCACCAAAAGUAAUUGACCCUGAUAUGAGAAAGGCUUCAGACAUAAAGCCGGUCUCGGGCUUCUGAAAAUACAAGUGUUUUUUUUCCCAAGUGUUUUCUUGCAACUUUGAUGGUCAACUGAUCCCAAAUUUUUACAGGUUUGUUAUUGUUUGCAAAGGUUGGGAUACACCAAGUGAAAAGACUGGUCUUGCUGCAACAAUUUUGUUUCUUAUAUAGAUGUAUUCGUCUUCAUAAAAAGUGUUAAAAUGUUUAUUAAAAGAGGAAAGGACUCUAAUCCAAACUUACUUGUAAAUUGAAAAAUUAUAAUAAAUAUACAGUUUGUGUAAACACUGUCAAAGCUGGGUGUUGUUUUACUGGAAUUGUUUACGUUUUGUGGCGUCAUUUAGGGAGAGUCUACCUCAUGUUUAUGAGACCUUUAUCAAUGUAACCAAACCGAGGUUGGAAGAACAAAAUAGUCUGGUUCCUAUUUGCAAAGUGAUUAUUAGCAUACAUUCUUGUUGUUUGAUAUGUGGAACAUGACCGAGAUGGAGGCAAUGGUCUAUAGCCAUUAGCCAAAGACCUUGCUGUAUCAAACCUGGGGUGGAUUUCACAGAG